AAUACUAUACUGCCAUUUGUUGAUAUCGCUUAAAUUUAUUCAGUAUUAUAUCCGGUAAAUCUUUUGAAGAUUACUAAAAUUUCUUUACUGGUGUGUCUGAAUCAUGAAAGGACCAUGAAAGGAUAUCCAAUUAUAUUAACCUGUCAUCCACUUUUUGUAAUAAUUGUAAAACUUUUGUUGAUAUAAAUUUAUAUUUGAGAACGGUAAGCAUUUACUGUAAGAUAAAAGUGCGCGUCUACAUCAGAAAUGAUUAUAUGAAUGACAGUUGUGAAAUAUUUAUUAAACUGUAGGACUAGGAGUACCAAAAUCUGCAAUUGGGCAUCGCUUGGAACUUGGAAGAAGAAUGGCAGGUGCAAAUAAAAGAUCGGACUAUAAAAGCUGGGUGAAAGGUAGUCUCGGGUUUCAAUAUCUGAAAUAUGGAUUGGUAGGAUUUUGUGAAGAAAUUGUCACAAAACAAUAUGAAGAAAUACUAAAUGACAUAAAACAAAACAAGAAGUUGCUGAAAUUGGUUUGUGGGCAGUGCAGCAUUGAUACAUUGAGGCCCGAUCAUGUCCAAAACAUGUCGAAACAUUGCCCCCUUGGUCAAAUACAGUGCAACUGUCAAAGUCCUAGUGGGAAGGUCUCUUGCAGAAACAAAUUAUGCGGCGCCAUAUAUGACAAAAUCAUUACCCUUCAUGCUUCCAUUCCUCCAUCACCUAACUGGCAAAACACUAACUUACGUGACUGGUGCACCAAUCCAUGGGAAAUUGCGAAAUGUUUCAUCAGCCAAGACGGCUAUGCUCAGACGAAGACAGCAUUUGACACUGACUGCACUGGCAUACUGUCAAUAUUCAUGAACGCCACAUUCUUGAGAAGCCGUAUAUCACAAACGGAAUUAUUUACCCAGCUACAACGGGCUAGAAAUGAUCUGCUUUACUCAGCACUGCAUGAACUUGAUGAAAAUCUUGCCGACAAAUACUUUGACGUUAUGAUAGCAGUACUACAAGAUGUUCAAGAACUCAACACCCGAAGGGAGUCAAAGGGGGCUUUGAGAAGAAUUAAAGAACUGAAAUCUGGGAGAUACUCCUAUAAUUCAGAAGAUGAAAUCAGUGUUCUGGAGGACAGCUGUGAACGUAUUACAAACGAAUUAUUUCGUAGAGGAGUGGAUGUUCAUCAUCACCAGUUAAAAGCAAUAGAUAGACUUAACGCAUUUGAAUUGUACAAAAUGGGUAGGCGUGAGAUUACACGAAUUAUGCUGUACCUUAAAGACAUUUUGAGCAAGAGUACCAGUCAGAAACCAACAAUUCACGAACUCGAAGAACUGUUUCAAUCCAGCAUGCAAAGACUUGGCUUUUUGAAGCAAACUGGAGAUGCCACUACUAUGAAUACUUCGCUAUCUAUGCAAAGCAUUUCAUCGACUUCAAAACCGAGCGCAAAUGUCAAGCUAUUCGUUGUUAAAGACAGCUGUUUUCCAAGGUAUGAGUACGCCAUGGAAAAUGUAAUAGACAUUCUGAAGCGAUACAAAAAUGUUUUCAGCUUAUCCAAUAACGGAGAGCCAGUAUCAAGAGAAAUUGCCUUUUACUUUUGCAAAGCAAACAAUGAGAUCGAUUUUCCAUGCGAUAUUAAUGACAUAGUUCCGGAUUAUAGCGAGCUUGAAACGUAUCAUAAAAGAGAAUUUUCUAGCCUUUGUGAUUGCCUGAGAAAGAGAGACAAAUCGAUAUUUUCCGUGUUUGUAGCAUCUGGUGACAUGGAAGAGUUGUGGGAAUCCGAAAGUCACCAAGAAGCAAUUUAUGUAAUUUGUCCUCGAUCCGGAAGAGAGGAACGAGCAAUUUUAAAACGCCAAAGCUUACAUUCACGAGAAAACGUUCUGAUUAUACGGAAGGAAACUGCACGGGAACAAGUAGAAUCAUACUUAGAAAAAAGCAUAUUUCAUGAACUUAACCCUGUUUGUGAAGCUUUGUUCAAAAACAUAGAAUACGCUAGUUUUAAAAGAAGACAUGAACAUGUUGGUGAUGACGAUACCUUUGCGACGAAAACAAAGUUGCCAGGAAAACGUAAGGGAAUGUGCGAAACCACCGGUUAUGAAGAAAAGACAAAGAAAAUAAGGAGAUCGGGAGGAAAGAAGACAACGGAAAGCAUUAAAGAUAAACAUGGAAACAAAGGUCAUGCAAUUAUGGCAAUUACGACACAAACAACGGCUAUAAACAAAAGUGCUGAAGACAGAAACAAGUCGGCGUCAAUAAAGAAAGUAUUUUCAAAAACCACGACAGCAACAUGUUUUACCACAUCACAUAAAGCAGGCGAAGGUAAAGGACCGCAACAACUUUCAAAUUUAAUGAAAGUAAAUGAAGAAGUACUUCAUACAGUCAACGAACAGACAAAGGAAUGCCUUCUUGAAGAACUGAUAGGCCUAUACAAUAUGAGCAGUGUUAGUGUACAGGAAAUGCCGAAUAUUCCACAGCAUAGAGAUAAGGUUGAUUUAGAAACGCUUAGCAAAGACUUGUUUGCACAGUGCCCAACUGUAACAGGAGUAGGAUACCGGAUGCGGAAACUUCAAGUUGCUGUUAAAGAUAUUCAAAAUUUUGACACGCCAGAUAAGCGUACGGAAAUUUCUAAUGUUCUAGAUCGAUACAAUAUACAGGAGUACGAAAUAGUACCCAUGUCAUUGAAAGGAUAUUUGACACCAGGGGACGAAAUACAUGUUGCUCACAAACGGGGGAGUUUUGGAUGUUUCGCAAAAAUGAAAGACAAGAAAGACACAAGCGAAACUCCUUGCGGACUUCUGUCUAAGCACGUUGCUACUACAGAUCAUCAAAAAAGUGAAAUAUUUGCGGAAAAGGAUGGUCAGUUUAGGAGAGUGGGUCAUAUUUUGCAAGAAACCAUUACAGAGGAAGGCCUUGAUAUAGCCGCAGCAACACUUUCUAUACCUCUGGAGGGGUGUGAAACGAGAUUUAAAUCACUAAGAGGUAGACCACAAGAGACCGGCAGGGGUAAAUUUACUUCAACGGAGAGACUAAGAGGAAAUAAAGUUCAUAUGUGGGGAGCUGUAUCUAAGCCAGGCAAAGGAAUUAUAACAGUUCCAGAUUUCAUUUGUAAAGGGAUGGACCAUACACUGAUUCAAGUAGAAGAUAUCGUUGACGGAGAACAAAAAGUGGUAGAAAGAUUUGCACAACAGGGUGACAGUGGGGCCGUUACAUGUGUGGAUGAUCCAGGACAAAACGUUGUUCAUCCUGUUUCAAUGAACAUGGGGUGUAUGAAUUAUAACGAAGUAGAAAAAGAUAACCGGAAGAAAGUGAAAACAGAGAGGGGCAAGUAUCUAACAGUGCCGUUACAGAGUGGUCUUGCACAACUUGGCAAAAGGACAGGGAAGAACUUUGAUUUGUAUUGAGGCUCAAUUAUUAGCUGUUACCAUUUCGAUCAGUAUGUUCGAAUUCUUCAUAAUUAAUUUGACAUGUUUACGUUUUUCUCGACAAUUUUAUACUUGUAAAAUUCUGCUUUGCAUAAUUGCAUGUUCCGUUUCAGUGAUUAUCAGCAGGGUUAUGGCCCUUGAUUUGUUAUAUUUUGCAGUGUUUUCAAUACAUGCUGUAUACAAUUAGGCUGAUUUUCUCUAAACCUCAUGAGUGAUUAGUGUGAAGGGUUAUUGCCCAUAUUUUUUGUCAUGUUCCGAUUAAAUUAUUUCCAGCAGGGUCAUGACCAUUUAUUUGUCAGAUUUUUUUCUAUGCUACCUCUCCUAUAAUACUGACUGGACUUCCGCCAAACAUGGAAUGUUACGGUUCAGUCAUUUUCGGGUCCACAUUAUGCAAUCGAGGUGGCGAAAGGUCUUCAAUGAUGAUUUUUGUUUAAUUGCUCUAACAGGUGAUGCGUUGGAAGCAAGAAACCAAGACUCAGCUAUUUAAGUUUGCUCAUGAGAGAGGAAAUGUAAAGUAAUGAAACACUCAUGACGUCCACAGCACGGACUGAUGUGGAACUAAUUUGCUGGACCGUAUUCCAGCUUUCGUUCCUUGUCAGCAAUGUUUGUUAUUGACUGGUGUAUUAUGUUUCUGUUAAAUUCUGCUGAUAAUAAGGCUGCUAAACACUAUCUGCUUAAUUUGUAUUUAUGUUUAUAUUUUUGUGAUAAGCUGAGCUGAAAUCCUUUGUAUAGGAAAGAUGGCUGCUGAUAUAAUCAUAUAAAUCAGUACUAGGUAUAUUUACAUGAUUUGUUUUUCAAAAUUUUAUAUAUUAAUCGGACAUCUUUAUCAUGUUUUUAUAAUCUCUUACUUACAGUUUGACAAAUUGAUAGAACAAAGACUUUUAAUGAUUGUAACAUACUAAUUGAUAGCACAAUAACUUCUAUUGACUGUAAAAUACGAGGACAUAUAUUGUAAGAAUUUAACUGCAUAACUUGUGAAUAAUUAAGACUAGAAGUAUUAUCGAAGAUCCCCAUAAAGAGUUGUGAGGCUUUUCUUUUAUUCACAAGAUCUUUAAGGACGUCCUUUGAAAGCAAGAAACCAAGAAAAAGUAUAGAAGACAUUUAAAACUACUCGACCACAGUUUGGGUGAAAUUUUUCAACAUGUUCAUUUCCAUCAAGUUUUGCAUAUAUGGCACUGCAAAAUGAUAAGGUGGAUGAAAAUAAAAGUAAAAUACUGGUAAAAUGCAUGAGGGAUGUAAAGUUUCUGCAUUAUUUCGAAAGCGCUGAAACGGUUUUCUACCUUCUGCACAUUUUUUUUGUUAUUUAAUCUAAUAUUUAGCGGAAAUCUUAAUACGUUUGUACCACUAGUCACUUUCUGAGUACUCACUUUUUUAAGGAAUUAUGAGAGAAAUUAUUUUUCACCUAAUGAGAGAGGAAAUAUAAAUGAUAAGAAACACUCAUGUCGCCCUCAACACAGCCAUAUGUGGAACUAAUUUCUUUGACUGUAUUCCAGCUUUCUUUUCAUUGUAGGCAAGGAAGUGUCGUUGAGUUAUUGACCCAUCAACUAUUUCCUGAUUUAGUUGUUAAACUCGAUUUAUUUUUAUUUGUUUUUAUGUUUGUAUCUCUUUUUUCCUUUCAAACGUAAGUGUGUUAUAUAUAGACUCCAUAACUUAAGUACAAAUUUUAGUAAACCUACUUCCACAUUCUUACUAAACACUUCACAUAUCAUCUAUUGGAAAAAAAACUGAUUUUGAAAAUUGUUCUAAAUACGUUCGUUUACAUUUUUACAAUAAAUGCGUUUGGGCUAUAAUGGCUGUUUUGGCCCCAUCUCGGAACUUCAAGAAAAUGACCAAAUUAAUAGAACAAGACAUUUUUUGUAAUAAAACGAAACAUUAAUUUCAGUGCCUGAAAGAUGGUUAUCAUGGCAACCAGUCUACAUUAACACCUGAAAAUUGCAAUUUUGCACAAAUUCAUUAGUUUUAGUAAGAUAUACGUUGAUAAGGGUUUACAUAUCAUUAUUUAGUGUCUAAAUAAUUUAUUUAAUGUUAACUUCCUUCCGUAACUAUGGUAACCGAAGGUUAAAACUGUCAACAGCAGCAUAAAGGAGAAUACUCUAAUUCUUCCAUAUAAUACAUUUAAAUCUAUUCUUCUGUCAGUUAUAUCAUGAUCUGAUACAGUGUUAUCAUCACUUGAAUCAACAUCAUCCAGUUGUCUGUCAGCAUCUUGCAUAAAGUCAAACCAGUUUUUAUUUGCUUGUCACUGUCGUGAUAUCGGGCAUACCCCUGGUACCAGAUUGUAGUAGUACAAUGUGCGCAAGCACAUUCCAACAACCCUAGCUCUAGCUCUGCAUGUACAGUACAAUGCGCAAACUCUUGCUUCGUUGUAAUUGAUAUAAACUCUGUAAACGUUUGGUGAUUUAUGCCUGCUUUGUAAUCUUGCUCUCUGAAAGUGUUCGUCAUCAUUAUUCACAAAAACCUCAAAUACAAAAUGCGUAUCAAAGUGUUCCUGUGCAUACGUUUUAGCCAUGUUGAGUUGGUGCACACCAACUGUUAAACCCCUAAGUUUUAGAGACUGAAAUGCAAUAGGGAUCAUCUUCUCGGCGUGUCCAGUCAUCCCAAGAAGUUUCAAUUUCUUGGUUAAAUGAUUCUUAAAUUAUGGAUCGAAAAUAAUAUUCAUGUUCUGGUCCCUAUGAACAUGACCUCUGACAGAAUUGCCCCAAAAUCAUGUUAUGGCCCCUGUAACUCUUACCUGUGAUCGAGUGAACCCAAAAUCAAUACGGGUCAUCUACUCUACAUGUCCAGUCAUCCUAUGAAGAUUCAAAAUUCUGGCCCCUGUGACCUUGACCUUUGAUGGUGUGGCCAAAAAACAACAAAAAAUAAUAAUAAGGGUUUUCUACUCCGUAAGCCUAAGCAUAGUGAAGGUUCUAGGUCAGGGCAAAAGCAAGAUGUCUCCCUCAGUACGGGGGGAAGUGGAGGGCACGGAGGAGAGACAUAACUAAACAUUAGGACACAAGUGCCCCUACUACCUAUCACUGUAAAUUGUUUUUGAUUCUAGGUGAAAUAUUUUUAUGAUAUAAGCAACAAAAUCUUUAAGCAUGUUAUGUGCAUUUUUUUCAAUAAGUCAAGGACCAUAGCUUUGGUCUGGCUUAUGUCAAUCCCAGACAGAGCACCUGGUGCAUAACUUCACAUGCUUUAUAAUAAUUACUCUACGUCAGGUACAUUUACAGAUGCAUGGAAAACACACUUAUGCCCUGGAUGCGUAUUUUUGACAAAUUCAGGGGCCGUUAUUCUUGUGCAGCGUGAAAUCCUAAAAAAACAGACUCAUAAAGCACACCUACAUAGUUACAUGAUUAUGGGUGAAAAGUUUAGAUAUAUGCAGCAAUAACUUUUAGGUAAUUUGAAAAUAUGUAUUUUUUUACUAAGCAAACGACCAUAACUCCGGUCUGACUAAACGAAACACCAAGCAGAACAACAAAUGUGUAACUUUAAAUUCUAUACAGUACUCUUCCUAAGUCUUAUGACUCUAAGUCAAACACUUUUUAGAUACAUGUGACACAAACUUGUAGGCCCUUUAUGCAUUAUUUUUGACGACCAAGAGUCAUAUAACGCUGGUCUGACACAGGUGCACAACUUCACAUGCUAGAUAAUAUUCCUGUAAUGUUUCAUAAUCCUAGGUCAAAUACUUUUGAGAUACAUGCGACACACACUUUUAUGUCUUUUUAUGAAUUUUUGUCAAGGGUCAUAACACUUGCCUGACUGUGAAAUCCCCUUUGAAACACCAGAUACACAACUUCACAUGCUGGAUAACAGUCAUUUGAGGUUUAUUGACUUUUAAAUCCGAUACACAUUUUUAAGAUAUGCAUGACACGAAAUCGGAUGGACGGACGGACGGACUAAUAGACAGAAAAGGAUAAUUCUUUAGAAGUGCAGUCCUCCUACUCCCCACCCCCUCUUGUCUCUCCCCGACCCUUCCCGGGUGGGGUGGGACAUAAAACCAUUUGCUUAUAAAAGUAAUCUGCACAGACGGUAAAGUCAUCAUAUAUAGAUGCAUAGAAAUAUAAGGCAAAAAACAUUUAGUAUAACAUUUAGUAACACCACUGUACGUGUACAGUAGGCCUAUUUGAUUUAGCUAAAUGCCUUGGUACUUUGAUGCUUUAUUGCAAUUUUCAACUUAUUUUUUAAUUUUUCAAUUUUGGGCCCAGAAACAGCCAUUUCAGACCCCACGCCUUUGCUUUAAUUAUUACUAGUGGGGAUAAAUACCUUUCAGCUGACACUGUUGUAAUGUAAAAAAACUGCGUUAAGUCGAUAGGUCUGUGAUUUAUGUUCUUUAACUAUGUUGUUUGUAUGACAUUAUUGUGUAUAAUGAACUUGAAGUAUACUGUGUAAUCAAUCAAUUUGUGGGUAAUCAAUCAAUUCGUGGGCAUAAAAUUUCAUGAUGUUGGCAAAAUUUCGUUGGCACAUAACUUUUUAAAUUGUAUAUGUUGGAUUGAUUCAAGCAAAAGAAUCCACGAGCAUUAAUGAUUUUACAAAAAUUUGUUAGUCAAAUUCUUGUGUGAAUAUACUUCAGUUUUGAUUUAGAUCAAAGUGCGUCGUACAUGUAUUAAUAAACAUGUUAAUAAUAAAGUAGUCAGUAAUA